AUGGACCAGAGGAAGCCAAGGAGAGAGUUGUCUCAGGAGAUUAGAAAGAAAAUUAUAGACAAGCAAGUUAAAAGUAAAGACUAUAAGACCACCUCCAAGCAGCUUGAUGUUCCUGUGACUACAGUUGCACAUAUUAUUCAGAUUCCCAUGUCCACCGUGUACGUCAGGUUCUCCAGCAUUUGCUGGAGAACCAAUUCGGAGGAGGCCUUUCAGCAGCUCAAAGCACUGUUCACUACUGCUCCCAUUCUCAUGGUUCCUGAUCCCAGCCAGCAGUUCGUGGUGGAGACGCCUCCAAUAAUGGGAUGGGAGCCGUCCUCUCCCAGCGCUCUGAAAAGGACAAGAAGCUUCAACCCUGCGCCUUCCUGUCUCGGAAGCUCUCACCAGCUGAGAGGAACUUUGAUGUUGGGAACCGAUAUUGUUUCAGACCGAGGGUUCAUCUCCAGAUUCUGGAAGGAGUUCUGCAAACUCAUCGGAGUCACCGUCAGCCUCACCUCUGGGUAUCACCCGGAAUCAAACGGCCAGACAGAGCGUCUCAACCAGGAGUUUGAGACAUGCUUUCGAUGCCUGAUGUUGCAGAACCCAGCUUCAGCUUCUUGGAGCAAGAAUCUGGUGUGGGUAGAGCAUGCCCACAACUCGCUCAUUACCUCGGCCACCGGCAUGUCACCAUUCCAGCUGAGGCAGAUAACCAACUACAAGCCUCAGGCCCUCAAAGCUGCUGACGACCUGCGUCUGGCCAACAGCCUGAAUGAGCACUACUGCAGAUUUGAAAGACAAUGGGAUAGUCCUGAAAACAUCCCCCAUCACACCUCAGACCAACCACAAUCCAUCACCUGCACCUCCACCAUCACAGCAGGAGCCUCACCACAGCUGCCCACCUCAGAGGCUCCCUCCUCCUCCUCCUUCUCUCCCAUCUCCCCACUUCCCACAGUGACACCUUUCUCCAUCCAGGAGAAAGAUGUCAACAAACUGUUCAAGAGGCAGAACCCCUGCAAGCCUGACCUCCACGAUUACCCCGUCCCCAAGAAGCAGAGGACAUCUGAACUGAAUGACUUAAGACACCUAGCCUUGACCUCUGUGGCCACGAUGUCGUUUGAGCGUCUCAUGCUAGGACACAUCAACGACACUACAGACCCACACCUGGACCCCCUGCAGUUCGCCUAG